CACUUCUCUUAACUGAAGCUCGCUAGCCAUGUCUACAGUUUUCCUUCUUAUCUUAAUUCUACAAACAUAUUCCUCUCACUCUCUUGCUCAAACUCCAAAUUCAGCACCACCUCGGCCUAUUCCCUUUCUCUCGCGUACGGCCUAGGCCACCACUUUACCCUCCUUCACGCCGUCUCAUGCCACGCCGAACUGACAUUAACCCUGGUCCCGUAGCUAAUAGAGCCAGAAUUCUCUUUAUCACUCAGUAACUUAAAAGAAAUAUAACAUCUGACCCCAAAGUCUAUACAGUGACCUGGUUGGCAACAAUUACUGCCUUUUUAAAGGGUUCUUUUGCGACACCGUUCCUGAUUGGAACAUCACUGGCCUAGCCGCUAUUGAUUUCAAUGGCGCUAGAUUUGGUGGCAACUCGAAUUUCUAUCGCUCUAUCAUGAAUUUGCCUGAUAUAGCCAUUUUCCAUGUAAAUUCUAACAAUUUUAGCGGCCCCAUAAAUCCAAACCUCAAUCAGUUACGCUAGAUUUUUCCGAACUUGAUUUGAUUAACAACAAGUUCAUGGCAGGAUUCCCAGCAAAUAUUCUUACUGCAAAAAAGUUAACCGUCGUAGAUAUUCGUUUCAACAACUAUCUUGGUGAUAUCCCAGCUCAAGCAUUCAACAUUGACACAGAUGUCCUUUUCAUAAAUAAUAAUCAGUUCAAUCAGACAAUUCCUGCCAACUUUGGCAACACUCCAGCACUCUAUAUCACUGUAGCUAACAACAACUUUACAGCACCAAUUCGAAGAAGUAUCGGGCGAGCCUGGAAUACACUGAUAGAGAUCCUGUUUUUAGGCAACAGGCUGAGAGGCUGCUUAUCAUUCGAAAUUGCAUACUUUCUGAAUGCAACAGUAUUCGAUGUUGGAAGCAACUUAUUAACGGGUCAGAUCCGCCAGCCUUUUGGUUGCUUGGUAAAGCUGCAGUACUUAAACAUGGCUCAUAACAUGUUUUAUAGACCUAUACCUGAGGUUUUACGCAGGCAAACAAAUGCAUUCAAUUUUACACUAAUAACUAUUUCAUCCAAGUUGGGCAUCUAUGCAGGACACUGAUAAGAGCAAGAAGACUAAUGUGAACAGGAACUGCAUCAGGGGGCUACCUUUUCAAAGACCAGCAGUUGAGUAUGCGAGGUUUUUUGCAAAGACUAGGAGUUGCCCUCGUGGGAGUAGUUUUUCGUUUUUUUAAUGUACUCUUCCUGCUUCUUCCAUGAAAAUUACAUCUCCUCCUACUGCGGAUGAAGCUCCUGCUCCACGGUCCUAUAAAGCCCUGGAAAAGCCGCCUCAUUAAUGUAUGGUGUUAUAUUGCGCUUCAUGUUCUAUGAUCCUUGUUAGUGUAAAUAGGACGUGCAAUUUAGCAGAGGAGCCUUAUGUCGCUGCUAUAUAUAUAUUUCAAGAGUCCCUAUCAUCAAAAUUGCUACUGUUAAGAACAGAAAUUGGACAGAAUCAGUUUUUCUGUCUAGAAACGGUGUAAGCAAUUACAGACCCCUGAUGCAAGAGAUGCAUAUUAGAUGGGCUCAAUCUUAUAAGCUGUGACUCAUCAACAAUGAUCUUUGCUUUAAAGCGAACAAUCGCAGCCCUCAAACCAGUAGAUUCAAGCACAGAAUGUUGGAACAGGCUGUGUGAUUUAGGCCCAGAUGAGGUCAGGUCUCUGUGCCUGUAGGUUUUGGGCUGAGCUAUUACAGGGUUAGUAUAUUCAUGGUUCAUAUUGCUUGAUCCGAACAUGUGAUCAAGAAAAGAACACCUAUAUUUCUAAAAUCACUAUGCAAUUGCAAAGUAAUAAUUAUUUUGAUUAAUUUGUUGUAACAAAGCAUAAAACUAAGUGAUUGAAGACCAGAACCACCCAGUUGGACCCAUUAUUGCCGUCAACUGGAAAUUGGAAUCCACUCGCAAAGUGACCUUUCCUUUUCCUUUCUUUUUGAGAAGGGCAAUGAAAGUAGAUUUUAUUUUAUUUUAUUUUCAAAUUUUGAUUUUGGAAGAUAAAAUUAGCUCCAUUUUGGCUAUGUCAGCAAUGUUAUUUCAAUUCUAAACAAAGAUAGAAAAAGAAUUUCCUAUUUCAAUGUUAAUGCCUACUCCAUUAAUAUGAUACCAAUGUACCAUGCUGUUUGUGCAUAACUAUUAAAUGGAUGGAAAAAGGAAAAAGGAAAAACAGAGAGAGAGAGAGAGAGAGAGAGAGAGAGAGAUUAUAAGUUAUGGUCAAUUUUGAUGCCAUUUACUUUGAGAUUGUUGAUGGAGAUUCCUAUUUCAAUGGGAGUGAUAGUGGCUCAUUUUCUGGUCGGAAAUAAGAAAAUCAUGUUAUAAAUAGAGCUAAAACAAUUAAUUUAAGGUAGGUAAAGAACUUCCAUGGAUGAUUCCGGAUGUGGCAAUCUCUUAUAAGUAUAAUUCAUUCCCUCCUCCAGUUGGCUUCUCCUGGUCCUGGCACUUGCUUUUGUUCCCACCUCCUCACCAUAAACAAAGAAUCAUAUCAUUCAAUUUACAUACAUCUCUGCAAUCAAAAUGUCCACCAAAUUACUAGCUUCAACCCUCUCCAUAAUCCUCACUUCUCUCAUUCUCAACAACACUGUAGCAAUUAACCCUAAUAGAGAAACACUAGAAUUUCCUAUCAGUAGUAGAGCAAAAAGCACCGGGAAAAGCUGCAACAAUGAAAACUACAAGAAUCAGAAAAUGCCUAUUACUCUAGACUGUCCAAAAUUGGUAGUUCCUCUACCCCCAAUCCCAACUCUACCUCUCAAAACGGAACUCUCGGUAUUUCUUGAUGAAAGGCUGGCUUUUGUAUACCCUAUCAUCCAAAAGUUCAAGUCCAUCAUAACCUCAGAUCCUCUUGGCAUCACUAAGACUUGGGUGGGCUCAGAUAUUUGCAGCUACAAAGGCUUCUUUUGUGAUAAUCCUCCAGAUAACAAGUCAGCCAUAGCUGUUGCCUCUAUAGAUUUCAAUGGGUUCCAACUUUCUGCUGCUACUCUUGAUGGUUUUCUUGAUCAGCUUCCUGAUAUUGCACUCUUUCAUGCAAAUUCUAAUUUCUUUUCUGGUACCAUCUCACCAGAUAUUGCUAAACUUCCCUAUCUUUACGAGCUUGACAUCAGUAACAACCUAUUUUCAGGUCCAUUUCCUACAGCUGUCCUUGGCAUGAAUGGCUUAACAUUCUUGGACAUUAGAUUCAAUUUCUUUUCUGGGGCAAUCCCACCUCAAUUAUUUACACAAGAACUUGAUGCACUUUUUCUCAACAACAACAAUUUCAUGACAAAUUUGCCUGACAAUAUAGUAAACACGCAUAUUCUUUAUCUCACCUUGGCCAACAAUAAAUUCAUUGGUCCAUUACCAGGAGGGAUUUUCAAGGCGUUUUCUUCUUUAACUGAGGUUCUACUUUUAAACAAUCAGCUAACAGGUUGUUUACCUUAUGAGAUUGGCCUACUGAAAGAGGCCGUAGUGUUCGAUGCAGGCAACAAUCGACUAACUGGUUCAUUACCCUUAUCUUUGGCUUGUCUACAGAAGGUGGAGCAGCUUAAUUUUGCUGGUAAUCUGUUGUUUGGUAUGGUGCCAGAGUUGGUCUGCAAGAUGGAAAAUUUGGUUAACUUAUCUUUGUCUGAUAAUUAUUUUACAACAGUUGGGCCAUGGUGUAGGAUUUUGAUAGCGAAAGGAGUGCUUGAUGUUAGAAACAACUGCAUUCCUGAUCUUCCCUUUCAAAGAUCGAUAAUGGAAUGUGCAAAUUUCUUUGCACAUCCCAGGUUCUGCCCGCACAUGUGGUCUUACACUUACAUUCCUUGUAAGCCUCCUUUUAGUUCUAUGAUUCCUAAAAUAGCUCCUUCGCCCUGACCACACUGCCCUAUCCUUAUUUUGCUCCCUCUUGCACCCACAUGACUAUUUUGUAUUUGUAAUUCUUGAAGAUAUUGUUUGCAUAAAUAGUCAUUAAUUCUUUCACUCUGAGUUAUGCAAUAUAAGUUUGACAUUCCACGUCAAUUCCUUU